UUUUACCGCCACCCUGCAAGUUUAGUUUCAAAAUAAUGGCGAUAAAAUACAACGAUUUGAUUGUGUCCUAUUAGUUUUUAAGAAUAAGGCGGUAAAAUGUCCGGGUUUAGUCCUGCUAGUUGUUGGUUGACGCACAAAACUGUUGAACGCUGGACGAAGGCGGCGAAAGAACGGGCACUCGGUAGCAGGAAUGGAAGCAACAGCAGGAAUAACAGUUUAGAGGAUUUUAACGUGUCCAAAGAGCAACUGAACAUACAACCGCCACAAAAUACUUCCCAGGCAAUGACAGCUGAAAUAAUGAAAAGCCCUUUGGAUUUGUGCUCGUCACCCCACGCGCUACAACAUCAAUCCGUAUCGUACCCUGGUGGACCACCGCUUUUGUGCCGCACUCCCAGUGCUUCUAGUCAGAGCAGUUUGGACAGUAGUACUUCAAAACAGGGUAGCCACCGAGGUUCCUCUCCUCAGAUUCGUACCUUCGCACCUGAUGGCAAAGCUCAACAACCCUUUCCCCAUUUUCAUCACCACGAAGCCACCCACACUGUCAGUUACCCGUUGCAUCGUGGCACCAGUCGGUCACCUUCACCCCAUAGAGCUGCAUCCUUGGACAUACGAUCUUCGUCACCUGGAUUCAGUCAUAUUGCUAGUGCUGGCAGCGGAUCUCCUUCACCUUCUCAAACGAGCUUGGCGUCUCUCACAGGAGGCUCGGGAAGUUCCUGUAAUUCACCUGUACCUGCUAGCCCGAGAAAUACGACAUUUGCCAGGUUAGUGUAA